UGCAAGCUUCGGCAGCCCAGCGCGUCGGGCAUUACCAACAGUACGGUAACAGCCACAAUACCAUGAAUGUGCACGGGCAGGACGGGCCAUCAUGGAGCCAAGGCGCUUCAGCCGGCCAACGUGUGCAACCACCUGCGGUGCUGCGGCGAGCGUCUGGCGCAGCAGGGUGCCACGGUCCUGCACAAGGACGAGCAGCUGCGCGAGGCUGUUGUCCACGUCUCAGAGCUGUGCGUCCGCGCCGCGGUGGCGGCCAAGCUGGUGUUGGCACCGGCGGGGGGGCAGCUGCAGCCUGCGUUCAGCAUGGUGGCGGCACUGGCGGCCAUGGAGGAUAGCCUGGACCCCACCCGCCCCGACGGCUUGGCCUGGCCCCACCUCUUGCGCGACCCGGGCGUGGCCGAGGCGGCGCUGCGGCGCGUUGAGGCGUGCCUUGCCCUCGCCGACACCGCUGUGCUGCAACGCCCCCGGGCGGAGCUCGCGGACCUGGGCUGCGUCAUCAUGUUCCACGCGCGGUCUGUGGGCACCAAAGGCGACUCGCUUGUGUCCACCAUAGACUUCGACUGGCUGCAGCGGCUGGAGGAUGAGGCCGUGUCUGCCGGAUACACGCUGUCCCGCAGCGGCGACAGCGACGUCACCCGCUUGGCACGCGAGUGCCUGCUGCGCGUCAUGGACAUGGCGUGCAGCACACAGCAGUGGACGUCCUUCUUGGCGACCUCCAACGUCGGCAUCGCCAGCAUCGCGGACGGCCUGCCGACGGCCGCCGUCUGGGCAGCGGCCCUCGGUGUCGGCGCCGUCUUCGACAUGUACAAUGUGUGGCACGUGCACUUGUCGUCGGCAGUCAAGCUGAAGGCGCACCUGGAAGAGCUGCAACCCGCCGAGUGGCAGCAGACGCGCCGUGUCGUCCUCGAUCAGGUGGCAAAGCUGGCUGCCAUCACGGUCCGGGUGGGGGGCGCCCUCCUGGCGCGCUUGGGCAUGUCCGAGGCGUGCAGCGCGGGGCUGCGUGCGAUCCGCCGGAUCGGAGCCGGGGCGGCUGCGGACUUGGCGGCGGAGCCGGCCUUGUGGGAUGCCCGGGCGGCAGCGGACUUGGUGGGGGAGCAGGCCUGGGGGGCGGCCAGGGCGGCGGGGCACUUGGCGGCGGAGCUGGCGGCUGCUUGCAGGGGGCGGGAAAAGGUCCUUGCUACGGUUAGCGCAAUAGUCAACAGCUGGGCAGAGGGAGAAGGGGAGGCGCGGGAGCCCGCGCUGCAACGGGUGGGCGGCGUGGCGGCAGCAGCUGACGGCACGCAGCAGCCGCACGACUGAUGCCGGGGGGUGACUGCGACCGCGGCAAACGCGGGUGAAACUGCAGCUGCAUGCUCCCGGGGGCAGGGGACAGGGGAGUUGCCUGCAGUUCAUGUGCACAGAAGCCCGUGCUCGGCAUCCAGGGCAGUGGCAGUUUCUAAGGGGCUGGCAGGGGGCCGAAGAUGGCUGCUCGUAGGGGUCGGGUGCUGUGCUCGGACUCGUGACCACGUCCUUGCCGUGAACGCGUUGUGUGGGUCAAGACUGCAUGUGGCAUGAACGGGCUGCUGUGGUUGCGGGGACGACGGAGUCAAGCUGCUGGGACCUUACAAGGGGUGCACUGAGCUGGUAGGGGGUGUGAGGGUGGCGGCGGCGCGCUGGCUGGACACCACAAGAGUGUCUCCUCUCCCCCUUCCUGU